UAGAAUCUGGGUUCUCUGUCGUUGCCCCUUCGCGAGCGCAGGAAGGGCGGUCGGCUACCGGCAACCGCGGAACAACGCGAUACGCGUAAACCCCUCCCUUACCCCAACACAAGCAGCGAAACACUGCCGUCUCUUUCCGCGACAGACGCAGCAAAGAGGGGAAACCCCGACGCGGAAGAAAGCGAGGCGGACGGCGGCGCCGCGCCAUGGAUUACCACAACAAGCUGGUUCUCGCCCCGAUGGUCCGAGUGGGUACAUUAUCAUUUAGGUUACUUGCAGCAGGAUACGGUGCAGAUAUAACUUAUGGGGAGGAAAUUAUAGAUCACAAAAUGGUUAAAUGCGAACGACGCAUAAAUGAAUUUCUUGGCACAACUGAUUUUGUGGAGAAAGGAACCAGCAAUGUUGUCUUCAGAACUUGUCAUGAGGAGAGGAACAGGGUUGUGUUUCAGAUGGGCACGUCUGAUGCUGUGAGGGCUCUCACUGCUGCUCAAAUAGUGUGCAAAGAUGUGGCAGCAAUAGAUAUCAAUAUGGGCUGCCCCAAGUCUUUCUCCAUUAGCGGAGGAAUGGGUGCUGCACUACUCUCUAAACCAGAGCUUAUUCAUGACAUAUUGACAACCUUAAGAAGGAACUUGGAUACAACAGUAACAUGUAAGGUUCGCCUUCUUACUUCAUCUCAAGCAACUGUGGAACUAGCACGCCGAAUCGAAAAGACUGGUGUUUCGGCUGUGGCUGUUCAUGGAAGAAGAGUGAAAGAUAGGCCAAGGGAUCCUGCAAAGUGGAAUGAGAUUGCAGAUGUUGUAGCAUCGUUAUCUAUACCUGUUAUAGCAAAUGGUGAUGUCUUUGAGUAUGAAGAUUUUGGUAGAAUGAAAAAUGCUACAGGGGCCUCAUCAAUUAUGGUAGCUAGAGGUGCACUUUGGAAUGCUUCAAUCUUCUCUGCUAAGGGCAAAUUGCCUUGGGAUGAUAUAAAGAGAGAGUAUGUCAGAAAGAGCAUUUUGUGGGACAAUGACAUCAAAAGUACAAAGCAAACUCUGAAGGAAAUGAUAAUGCAUCAUUCUUGCCUAGAACUUGCUGAAGGGAAAGCUGUGAUAAAAUCUGAGACUAUUGAGGAUUUGGCGAAACUCUAUGAUGAAGAGGACUAUUAUCAUUUUGUUACCUCGAGUAGGCCAUGAGUGGAUCGAAGAUUAUCAUUUGCAACACUUUGUGAUGACAUCACCUUGCCAUAAUUACAUUUCAGGUAAAAAUUUUGUCAUCGAGACCACUGACUAAUGACCAUUUUUUCCACAGAUGUUCUAAUGAGCUAAGAUUUGAUGUAAUACUGUUAAGAAAUUUAACAAGAUUUAGAUAUUAUAUUUUUUUUUGUUUUCCGUAUAGUUUUAGUUUUCAUUAUGAUUUAAUUCAUGCCUAUGAAGGCAAUUUUGUUAUCAGUAGAUUAAAUUCUCUAUCGGUAGAUGGUGUUUAUCCUAUGACAAAGAGAUUUGAUAUUGGUCUCGUUGUACUCAUUCUAGACCAGAUUAUUUGGAAACUUAUUCAUGUAGUAAGCAUCUGUCUAGUGUGACUGGACAUGCUAGGGACCAAUCUGUGUAAAUUCCUUAGCUUCUGCCUAUUGUGUCUGGACAUGUGAUAGGCAAUUUAUCACGAGCUACCACAUGGGUUAGAUGAUGUUUGGCUUUUCUGUUUUCAAGUGGAUGAUGGAAGUAAUUGUGGUUGCACAUGUAAUUCUAUAGAUGAUGGCCUCUUUAGAGUACCACAUGAAUUACACGAGUGUCAGUUUUUCUAUUUUCAAUGGAGAAUGAAAGUUGUCCUGUGUAAUAAGGUGUUGAGCCCGCGUUAUCAACUUUUACCAGUUAUUUUGGCCUUUUAUUUUGAGCCAUAUCUAUUGUCAAAUUGAUUUCUAUGGUGUUUUGUGGAGAUAAAAUGUUAAUUUGAAACUGAUGAAUAAGAGAAGGAACCUCCAGAUGGGGUAGAGAGGGUGUGCUGUCUAUGCUGAUCCAUGCUGGUGGGCACGACAUCGACAUUUGUAUUCACACAGGGUAUGACAAAUAUCAUUGGGUCAUCACAAUACUCUUGCUAAAUCACCUGUGCGGACAUUACAAGGACAUGCUAUAAAGUUGAAAUCUGACUUGAAAAUUUGAUAUUACGCAACAUCCUAGUUUGUUUUCCUUGUCUUUCACUAUUGGCCAGGAUUUGCACUUAGUAUAUUCAAUUAGUCUAUGAAACUGAAUCAUUUGUGUUGAUCUCAAAGAAGCUACUGUUUUACUUAUCACACUAUAUUAAACAGUAAUAUUCAGCUGACACGCUUGUAAAAGAAAUUGAUAUUCAGCAUGUGUUGAGAUUGAUUUUCGAUUAGAAAAAAACUUGUGGUAACUAAGAAUCCUUGGCUUUACAUUGGAGUGUGAUCAGCAGAGCUCUAUGUUAAAUAUCUCGAACCACACUACUGAAAGGGGUACCGUUGCUUGACAUGGUCUGUUGGAUCUAUUGUUUGAGAAAUAAAAAGAAAUGUGUCACUAGAAUUUAUUAGUUGUAACUUGAUUGUGCACUGGAUUUGUUUCAAGAACAUGCUGUAUCCAUUACAGGAUUUUGAGGAAACAUUCAGCCUCAUGGAAUUAGCAACUUUAUAUCGUGUUUACAAGUUAAAAUGGGGGAGGGGGUGGGGUGGGAUUUCUGAUACAUCUCAGAUAUGAGGACUACAAAGGUCAGUUUCUGUUUGUCAAAUCAUGGUUGAGAUCACUGGAAAAGAACAAUGAUGAGGACCUGAUACCAAUUUAAAUUACUAUUAAUUGGCUUGUACUACGUACUGUUCUAUUGUUUCAUGAAGGCUGGUUUCCAGUGCCUCAUGCAUGUAUUAUGUUUACAAUGCUGAAAUCAUCAGUGUAAAAUACAUAAAAGAAUGGAAACAUUUUUGAGGUACUUGAACAUAAGAAUUAAUAUAUGGGAUACUGUGUGUUA